AUGGCCCAGAGGGAACAGCAACAAACAGUCUCAGACGGGACGCGCAGUCGCAACGGAUGUCUCACCUGCAGAAUCCGCAAGAAGAAGUGCGAUGAAAAGCGCCCAGCAUGCAGUGCCUGUCGGUCAAGAGACCUUGCUUGCUACGGAUUCAACGUGCCGCCACCGCCUUGGAUUAGCAGCAAGGCCUCGUGGAAAGAUGUCUUGGAGUCCAAUGAAGCGAGAGCUCUGCGGACUGUCGCGGAGCUGCGGUACAGGGUCUCGAGAAAGCUGGAGUCUAGAGACACUGCUUCUACGUCGGUUGGACUCUUGCCGCCCGACUCAGGGAGCAGCAGCCACCAGCAAGCGUUUCAACACUUCCCCAGAGACUAUGGGACUUUGUUGGGCGCAUUCAAUUGCGACAUAUUCUCAACACCAUCCGUUGUUCAAUUGACAAAUGGGAUCAAUAUUUGGCAGAGACAGCCCGAUACUAUAUGGUGGGACAGCAGGAUGCGAAGUCUACAGCCAGGACCAGAGAAUUCCUCACGAGAAGAAACGAGAUUACUCAUGUUGUUCCUCAACGUUAUACAUCCAAUCACGCAUACAUUCUGCAAGCUGGAUAGCAGCACCGAACGUAACUGGAUGCUGAAUCGGCUCAUCAGCCGAAACGACUUAUUCAGCUCAGCUCUCAGUGUCAGCGCUUGCUUCGAGCACUCGUUGACUCAAAGGGCCACUGUGAAUGAAAUUGGACUGUCGCCAAAAGUGAGCAAGCUACAGAGCCGGUCCAUUUCGAUACUUAGGGAGGAGGUCGAGCGCUUUUCUCACAUGAAGCCGUUACAAAUGGAAGAUUUUGUUUGGGCGGGGAUUCAUCUUGUUGAUGUCAUCGCUCAUUUGGAGACGCUAGAGAUCUUCAGUAUGCUCCAGGGCCAAUGGGAGGUCCAUCACCAGGCUGCAAGGAAGGUCUUGAACCAUAUUGAGACCGCAAUUCCACUUGAGAACCGCAGUUCAACAUCAGCGGUAGAAGAAGUAUUAUCUAGCUUGCCAGAGGGUGAUGCGCGCCGACGAUCGCUGCAACUCUCCAUCUUUAACUUUAUUUGGAUUGAUGUUCUGGCUACGUCUACCUUUGGUGCGGUGUCAUACUGCCCUUGCGCCUUUGACUAUCUGCCUCUUCUAGAUUCUGAUAUAAUCAGGUCGCAGGAUUUUAUGGGUUGUCAGAGCCAAGUCUUUGCCAUCGUCACCAGAAUUACAAGACUCGAGCAAUUACAGCUGAUGCACCAAGGCGAAAAGCACCAGGAGUUUACAGGACCGGAAUUACAACGACAACACAGAGAACUGGAAAAGCAGCUUGGGUUUGUCUGCCAGGCUCUUGGAGAAGAUAUUGAGGGCCUGGAAAGUGUACCCUCAGGUCUAGACCUCGACGCUGCAAAGAUAAGCCUCAUCUGGGCUUAUGGUGCCAGAGUCUUGUUGCAAGUUGUAGUUCCUCCAAUCAUGUCCGAGCAAAGGAGUAUCGAUCAGACCUUUGUUAAUAUUUGCCUCGAGAAGCUUGAGGCUCUCCCCACACGUCUGGUCAUGCGGGCAGCCUGGCCGUAUACGAUCACCGGAUGCAUGGCCAUGAGCGAGUCGCAGCAUCACCGGUUUCGCCAAAUCCUUGAUCGGGUGCUGCAAGAAGCGCAGGCCCCUGGAAUAACAUGGAAAGGCCUUAUUGUCAUGGAGGAAUGUUGGAGACUCCGAAGAAUGCACCCUGGUCAAUAUUUCGGGUGGAGAGAAGCCAUGGAGAGUCUUGGUGCGAGGGUGAUUUUGACGUAG